UCAGGUAAGUGCAGAAGGACACACACACACAUCACACACACACACACACACACACAUCACAUCUCUCUUUACUCAUUAAUACUGAGUUUUGUUCAAAUGUCGUUUCCUCGGCCCAAAUAUACACAUUUAAAAUCAAAAAAAGAGGCUCUAAAUAUUUUGUUUAACAUUUUUAUUUUCACACUGUCUGACCUGAUGUUUCAUGUCCACAUGUUUUGUACAGAGAAAAAAAAAAUCAUCUUUAUACACCAACUUGUGUUUAUUUUAAUGAAAUGUUCCAUAGAAAUAAAUCUUUUAAUUUCACAAUACAAGCUCUCUGACAGUCAGUGAGGGAAGAUAAACGCGUUGAUUUAUGGCAAAAGACUGAGAUUCGUCAUUUUUAAAUCAAGCAGGAUCAAUUUUGUGGUUUUCAAGCAAAAAUCUGGGAAAUAUUAUGUUCUAUUUUGUUGUAAAAACAUUACUAAACAUUUCAGCUUCAGGUGAACAACAGUGCAGCAGUAGAAGUAGAUUAUGUCCUUUUACUACAGGAUUUGAAUGGAAACUCUUGAAUAGAGCUGCAAAGGUAAAUUGACUGACGACUAAAUGAAUCAUUAUAAAUGAUAAAUCGGUGUGAAAUCAGCUCUUUAAAUGUGAAUAUGUUCUGGUUCUUGGUUCAGUUUUCUCCUCAGGUCUCGGUUAAACAUGAGCGCCCCAGAGGCUCCAGGAGGAAACAUGAGUUUUCCUCAUCAGCUCACGUUCAUCAGAGACACGUUCACCACAGCGUUUGUGAAGAACCUGAUCGUGGUUCUGGUCUGGCUCAUCCUCAGUUACAUCAACGGCACUUUGGUUACUACGUUUUUCAGACAUCAGACCUUCUAUGAAGACCCUCGUUACAUCCUCUUCAUCCACAUGGUGAUAAACGACGCCAUCCAGCUGACCGUCACCAUCACACUCUUCAUCCUCAGCUACAUCUUCUACAAGAUCAAUGUCUCCUUCUGCUGCUUCUUCAUCCUCGUGGCCGUCUUCACCACCAGAAACACGCCGGUCAACUUAGCCAGCAUGGCCAUCGAGCGCUACAUCGCUGUCUGCGAGCCUUUACGCCACGCGCAGAUCUGCACCGUGAGGAGAACACACAUGGUCAUCGGGCUGAUCUGGUUCAUAUGUGUGGCUCCGGACAUCACGGACCUUUUCGUGACCCUCGCCACCGAGUCCCUCAGCUUCUUUCACGAGUCGGUGUUCUGUUUGCGCCAGAACGUGUUCAAAGACCCGAUCCUUGCAACCAAGAGACAGGCCUUUGACAUCAUCUACUUCUCCUGCGUGUUCUUGACCCUGGUCUUCACCUACCUCAGAAUCAUGUUUGCAGCCAGAGCGCUCUCCACAGAGAAGACGUCAGCCCAGAGGGCCAGGAACACCAUCCUGAUCCACGGCGCCCAGCUGGCCAUGUGCCUGCUCUCCUACAUCUCCCCCAGUGUGGAGUUGGUGCUGCAUCUCCUCUUCCCAGGACGCAUUCUGGAAAUCAGAUUUGCAAACUACCUGGUUGUCUACAUCCUGCCACGCUUUCUGAGCCCGAUCAUCUACGGCGUCAGAGACAAGAAGUUCAGGAAGUACCUUAAAAUGCAUCUGCUGAGCAAAGGCUGCAGAGACAAACUGCAGCGAGUGGCACCACAGCACAAAGACGCUCAGUGACCGAAGACGGAGGAACACGUGUGUGUCCAAACACAAACACGCGUGUGUCCAAACACAAACACAAACA